CAGUGAAUCACACCGAGGGCAGAGCUGCAAUGACGUAGGGCUCAUUGCUCCAACCUGUUCUUCUCUCGGUGUGCUCAUCAGACAUUUUACUUCACACGAUUGAGCUGCAAACAUCUGACUGCAAAACGUCCGAGUCGUUUGGUCACUCCUUGCACUGCAGAUACCACCAUGCAUCCUGUCACUGUUGUCAUUGGAUGUCUCACUAUGUCGGGCGCUCUAUUGUCGCUGCCCUCGUCAUGUCUCCUAACCAUGUUGGCUGUGCUUGGAAUCUUCAUAGUCUGUGGCGCCCCUUGGAAGUUUGUACAUGUGGCGCUACACACCUUCAAAAGAGACGUCCUAUGCCUGAUUGUUAUACUGCGAGUGAAGUUUGCAAUGUACCAAAAUGCCAGAAAAAGGAGAACGAUUCCCAACUUGUUUGCCAAGACGGUCGCAAAGCACCCGGAAAAACCAGCGCUUAUCCACGAGCCCACAGGAGAGGUCUGGACUUUCAGGGACUUGCAGGAGCAGUGCCACGCUGUUGCUCACUGGGCAUUGGCACAAGGAUGGGCGGAGGGGGACGUCGUGGCAUUGUACAUGGAAAGUCGCCUGUUAUUGGUGGCGCUGUGGUUAGGUCUCGCUAUGGUGGGAGUGGAGGCUGCUUUUAUCAACUACAACCUGCGACAGAAAUCACUGCAGCACUGUGUUAGUGUGUCCGGAGCCCGUGCGUUGGUGUUUGGAAGCGAGCUAACUGAAGCUAUUUUUGCAGUGCGAGGCUCUCUGCAUUGCGACAUGCUAUUGUUUUGCACCGGUGAACAUGCAGAUAAGGAGAAGAUCUGUUGUCUCAAGGCUGCAGAUCUGGAUGAAGUGCUGGCACGUUCACACAAGCACCCACCCAGCUACACAUUCAACAAGACAUUCAAUGACAGACUUUUCUACAUUUACACCUCUGGUACGACAGGAAUGCCAAAAGCAGCCGUGGUGGUGCAUAGUCGGUAUUACCGCAUUGCUGCGUUUGGCUUUCAUGCUUUCGGUUUACAACGUGAUGAUGUCAUCUACAACUGUCUUCCUCUAUACCACUCUGCAGGAACUAUCAUGGGUGCAGGUCAAUGUUUGCUCUUUGGUUUGACGGUUGUUAUCAGAAGUAAGUUUUCAGCCAGCAGGUUCUGGGAUGAUUGUGUUAAGCACAACUGCACAGUCAUCCAAUAUAUCGGAGAGAUUUGUCGAUACUUAUUAGCCCAGCCCAUUCACUCAUCUGAGGAGCAUCACCGGGUCCGUGUCGCCAUUGGUAACGGUCUCCGUCCAUCUGUGUGGGAGGAGUUUGUUGGGAGAUUCAGAAUAAAACGUGUUGGGGAAUUUUAUGGAGCCACAGAGUGCAACUGCAGCCUCAUCAACAUUGAUGGAAAGGUGGGCGCAUGUGGUUUCCACAGUCGCAUCCUGCCAAACUUUUACCCCAUCAGACUGGUCAGGAUGAAGGAAGACAGCAGGGAAUUGCUCAGAGAUGCACAGGGACUCUGUAUACCUUGUCAACCUGGUGAACCAGGAAUGUUAGUGGGCCGCAUCAAUGAGAAGGAUCCACUCAGGAGAUUCGAUGGCUAUGCUGAUCAGGAUUCCACCAUUCAGAAAAUAGCACACAAUGUCUUCAAGACGGGAGACUCGGCCUAUGUCUCAGGUGACAUACUGGUGAUGGAUGAUUAUGGCUACAUGUUCUUCAGGGACCGCUGCGGCGACACGUUUCGCUGGCGAGGGGAGAACGUUUCCACCACAGAGGUGGAGGGAGUCCUCAGUGGCCUGCUGGGACAUACCGAUGUUGCCGUCUAUGGAGUUUGCGUGCCAGGUGUGGAAGGAAAGGCUUGUAUGGCAGCAAUAGCACAUGCAGAAGGCCAGUUUGAUCUUGAUGACUUCUUGUCCUCUGUCCAAAAAGCCCUUGCCCCUUACGCUCGUCCGGUCUUCCUUCGACUUAUGCCAGCUGUGGACACCACAGGCACCUUCAAGUUUCAGAAGAUGCGGCUACAGAAGGAAGCGUACAAAUUACAAAACUCCACAGAAAAGAUCUAUUUUCUCAACAGCCUUGUUGGGUGUUAUGAGGCGCUCACUGAUGAACUAUAUGACUCCAUCCUGGAGGGACAUGUCCGUCUAUAAAAAGACAGAUACACUGUUGGCCAUGGAAAAUGAAUUUUUGUAUCCUAACUGGAGACCAAAAAAAAGGAUUUGGCGUAUAGUUUUAGAGAGAAACGUUACAUUUAGCCUCACUAACGAAAUACAGGCCUUAUCAUAGAUUUAAGCAUUUUAAGGAGAAAUUGAAAUUAAAUGAAACAAAAACAUACACGACACAACAAUUUUUGUGAUUAUUCGUAAUUUGGCAUCAUCUAGUGGUCAAUCGGAGAACCCCCGCAAAAUGACAAUGGAACCACGUCUUAUGAACUAAAGUAUUUGGACACAAAUAUGGAGUUUUCUUCCUGGGGAAAAAAAUAGCCUCCCUCUGCCAACUUGUUCCCAUAUAGCUGGAAGAAUCCAUUCCAAAUUUUGAUUUACAUUUGUGAGAAGGAACACAGGAGCCCUUCCAUAAUACUCUAUUAAUUAACAGAUUUAUGCAAAGCCAUCUGCGUGCAAUAUGUAUUUUCCGAAGGUGAGGAGAGGGCCAAGCUGUGGUCACUGUGGGAAGCUUUCUGAUGAAAUGCUAUGCAACAGCUCCUUUUGUGUGCUUCUUGGAAAUAUCUGCUCUCACUUAGUAACUUUGUAAAACUGUAUGGCUUCGUGACAACUUUGUAACCCAAAGACACAGUAAUUAUAAGGCACGUGUGUAUGCUGA